UGUGGGGAAAAUACAUAUAUGUCAAUGGGAAAAUAUCGCUCCCCGAACCACUGAAGGUCCCACACAUUUGUUUUGUUUUUGACCGGCAGCGCAUGCGUGCUUCACUCUUAACUGAACUCUUGGACAACGACGCUGUGUCAACUUAAAAAAAAAAUAAUUAAGUGGCUCAUGACCUCUGCGUUGUACCGAGGAUUGUUGACGCUCGACAGAGAUCUGAACACCGGAGUCCGGUUUGAAAAUAAGUGAUAAAGGAUUUUUUUUUAAGCAGGAAGAUUGUGGUCGCUGGAGGACUCGAAUAACGACACACAGUGAGGAGACCAUGUGGUGGUUCCAGCAGGGUCUGUGCUUCCUGCCUGCGGCACUGGUCGUCUGGACAGCGGCAUCCUUUGUCUUCGCUUACAUCACAGCGGUGUCGCUGAGGCACGUGGAUCCUCUGGUGCCUUACAUCAGCGACACAGGAACGAUGGCACCAGAGAGGUGUGUGUUCGGCAUAAUGCUGGAUGUGUCAGCCUUUUUAGGGAUAGCCACGGUGUACGUGCGUUACAAACAGGUGGAGGCUCUGACAGGUGAAGGCGAAUUCAAACUGAACCGACUGAACCGCUUCGGGCUGCUGCUCGGCUUGAUCAGCUCUUUUGGGAUGUGCGUGGUCGCAAACUUCCAGAAGACCACGCUGUUCUCCAUGCACCUGGUGGGGGCGGUGCUGACUUUCGGGGUCGGGGCUCUCUACAUCGUGGUUCAGACGCUGCUCUCGCUCCACAUGCAGCCUCAUGUCCACAGCAGGACCAUCUACCUCGUCCGGCUCAGCCUGGGACUCUGGACCAUGAGCAGCAUCAUCAGCAUGUUCGUCUCGUCAGUCAUCAUGUACAGCAGUCUGCCGGGUGUCGACGUACCUCACAAACUGCACUGGACUCCUGGAGAAACGGGUUACACGGCUCACAUUAUCAGCACCGUGUCUGAAUGGUCCCUCGCCUUCUCCUUCAUCAGCUUCUUCCUUACCUACAUCAGAGAUUUCCAGAAAAUUCAUUUGCGAGCUGAAGCAGAUGUGCAGAGCAGCCACCUGUACGACAACUGGCCACACGAUGGCGUCGCAGCGUCGGAGUCUUCUCCACUGCUGGCAGGAGGAACAUGACCAGCUGUAGAGGACCCAGCUGCUUUUACACCAGUUUUUUAACUCUUUCUUAUCACGCUUAAAGCCUUUUUAUAAAGACUCUCUUAAAGCUGGUUGGUGGCUCGUAAAAAAACAUAUCCUCUCCCCUUUAGUGUUCUCUAUCCAUUCAAAUAGUUUAUUUGUCCAAGUUUGGAGAUUGGGGAGAUAAUAUGAGGGGAAAGAGACAGAUUUUUUUAUUUUUUAUUUGGGGCAAAUUAUCCUUUUAACCCAAAUAUGAGGCUUUGCACUUUUUCCUCAAACUGCAUCGGUCCUUCACGGUGACUUUCUCUACUUCAUCGCUGCACUUUAUGCACUUGAUGCUAUUACAUUUUAAAACAUCCACUGUGGUUUACUUUCAGUUAUAAAUCAUACCUGCUCUUGUCUAUGAAGCCCACUGGGGUCAUAUGGUAGAAAAAUAAAACAUUAUUACAUUUGUCAAUUCUAUUAUUUCUUUAUUCUGCAUUGAAACAAUUAAAGCUGCAGUGAGUAGAAUGCAAAAAAAAAUUUGACAGAGUGAGACCUCUUCCGGCAGCUCUCCCUUUGCCCUCUCUGUUGCACGGGCAAUGCAUGCGCAGAAAAGCCAAUAGGAACGUUCUCGCUCUCUGAAAUGACCAGAAGUGAUUGGCAGAGUCUCCCAGUGAGCCAAGAGGAAGUGCAGAAGUGUAGUUUUCUCUCAGACAACUUGAAUUUCAAUAUGCUGAAAGAUUAUAAUGAGAUCUUUGCCUAAGAA